AUGUUCAUUUUGAAUUGUACAAACAUAAAAUAUCAUAGUUGUCAAAUUAUGCGUCAAGAAUCAUUCAUUGCCAGACCAGCGAACCCUCAAGCUAAUUCAAACUUUUUAUCGAUAUUGAGUUUCUGGUACACUAUCCGGAUUUUCAAUAAGGCCAAAAGAGGUGACCUUAGUGAAGAGGACCUUACACAACCUUUGACGGAACAUAAAUCAUCUUAUUUGGGAGAAAAACUGGCCAUAUUAUGGUCCAAAGAAGUGAUCAAGGCCAAGGAAACAGGAAAAAAACCAAGGCUUCAUUCGGUCCUGUACAAAUGUUUCCUACGGCAAAUAAUAGGAUUCUCUGCUGCCGCUGUAGUUUUAGAAAUGAUUGUGAGAAUUUCCCAGCCCCUCUUCUUGAAACUUCUAUUGAGAUAUUACUCCUCAGACAAUUUGGAGAAAUUGGUCAACCAAACGGAAACAUCGAAAUACACAUACUUGAGUAGAAUGAUUUUUAUGUAUGAUGAAAAUCAGGGACCUAUCUCUAAACACGAAGCUGUCUUUUUCACUUGUGGAGUUAUUUUGUCUAGUUGGAUGAGCAUAGCGAUAGGCCAUCCUUAUUUGAUGGGCAUCAUGCAUCUAGGGAUGAAGAUGAGAAUCGCUUGUUGUUCCUUAAUUUACAGAAAAGCUCUCAGGAUAAGACUCGAAUUUGCAGGUGCCAGCAUGAUGGGCAAUAUAAUCAAUCUACUUUCCAACGAUGUUAAUCGUUUCGAUAAUGGAAUCAUGUUUUUACCCUACACUUGGCUCUGUCCUUUGCAAAUAGCAUUCGUCACCUAUUUUAUGUACAUGGAGAUGGGCCUUGCUGGAAUUUAUGGCAUUUUAGCACUUAUCUCUGUGAUCCCCAUCCAGCUGUGGUUAGCCAUGAGGGUGAUGACUCUAAGACAUCAAACUGCCUUGAGAACUGAUGAAAGAGUGAGGGAAACCAAUGAGAUGAUACAGGCCAUUCAAGUCUUGAAAAUGUAUACCUGGGAGGAAGUUUUCAUGAAGAUCAUAUAUAAAAGUAGAUCGCAAGAAAUGAAACUCGUGAAUCAAAUGGGUUAUAUAAAAGGCGUACUGAUGUCAUUGAUAAUAUUUUCUUUUCGAUUUUCCAUAUUUGUUAUGACAGUUGCUUACGUUUAUACCGGCGGUGCUGCAUCUGCCGAGAAAAUAUUCGUUAUUACAGCAUUUCUUCUCAUCCUACGUCAGACUGUAACUAUAUAUUAUCCACAAACUCUAGCACAAGGCGCUGAACUCAUGGUUUCUCUACAACGACUGGAAGAAUUUCUGAGACUACCGGAAUCUUCAGUGGGCGAUCCCACUCCCCUGAAACCGAAAUUCUUAGAAGAAAUGGAUGAUCAGCAAUUAGAGUCUAGAAGAGUGUCAUCUUUUCCGGAAUAUGGAGUUCUUAGGACAUCUGGUGCUUCAGUUAAAAUAAACGAUGAAGUCAUUUUACGGGAUAUCACUUUUGAAGUUGAUCCAGGUGUAUUAACCGUUGUGAUAGGUCCAGUAGGUUCUGGUAAAAGUUGCUUGCUUCAUUUGUUGCUUGGAGAACUGUCGUAUUUCGAAGGUACCGUAGAAGUGAAAGGUGUUAUAUCUUAUGCCUCUCAAGAACCGUGGCUGUUCUCGGGAACAAUCAGACAAAAUAUUCUCUUUGGGAGGAAAUUCGAAAGGAGGCGUUAUGAAGAGGUUUGCUUUGCUUGUGCUCUCAAUACCGACUUCAAGUUGUUGCCUCAAGGUGAUAAAACUCCUGUUGGUGAAAAAGGCACGUCCCUCAGUGGAGGACAACGAGCUAGGGUUAAUUUAGCAAGAGCAAUCUAUAAAGAAGCUGAUAUCUAUUUACUUGAUGAUCCUCUUUCAGCGGUUGAUACCCAUGUGGGUCAACAUUUAUUUGAAGAGUGCGUUUGUGGUUAUUUGUCCGAUAAAAUUGUGGUCCUUGUUACCCAUCAAUUGCAAUACUUGGAAAAUGUUGAUCAAAUCAUUUUGAUGAAAGAUGGCGUUAUUGAAACAAAAGCUGAUUAUGAUCAUAUGAAAGAUGCUGGCCUCGAUUUUUCACUGCUGAUGAUUGAGCAACUAACAAUGACUGACGACCGAAUAGAAAGACCACUCAAAGGAAAAAAAUCGACCUUAUUGAAAAUAGUUGCCGACAUAUCUAGGAGGAGCAUAGCGACCGCUACUUUCAUCGAUAAAGAAAAUCAAAUGCCUGCCAUAAAAAAGCUCUCCAAGGAAGCACAUAAAACUGGCGGAGUUGGUUCAGCUGUGUAUAAAGAAUACAUGAAAGCAGCCUCGAACUCCUUUGGUAUCUUCUUGAUGUUUUUCUUGUUCUUCUCAACUCAAAUAGUAGCAAGUUCCGCCGAUUAUUACCUUUCGAUGUGGAUCAAUCAAGAAGAGGAACAACUCAAAGUAGGCGAGGUCUCUUUGACAACUAGGAAGACCUACAUAUAUGUAUACUCAUGUAUCAUUAUUGUUUGUAUAGUGAUAGCACUCCUGAGAUCCAUACAUUUUUUCACCUUAUGUACUAGAGCCUCACUGAACUUGCAUAAUAAUAUGUUUCGGGGUGUAGUAGAGACCAGGAUGAGUUUCUUCUAUAGUCAUAAUUCCGGAGAAAUUCUCAACACAUUCUCGAAGGAUUUGGGUUCAAUAGACGAAGUUCUUCCCAACGCCCUCAUAGAUACCAUGCAGAUUUUUUUGAAUCUCUUUGGUGUCAUUCUAGUUGUUGGAAUCAUAAAUCCCUAUCUACUGAUUCCUACCGUUUUGAUUUUGAUAAUAUUUCAUUUCAUGAGGAACUUUUAUUUGAAAAUCAGUAAUAAUAUCAAGAGACUUGAGGAUGUCACAAAAAGCCCAGUUUUUGCUCACAUAAAUUCAACCCUGCAAGGAAUAACGACCAUUCGUUCGAACGGAGCUGAACAAAUUCUCACGUCGGAGUUCGACAAACACCAAGAUAUCCAUAGCAGUGCGUGGUUUACUUAUAUCGCGACAGCCAGAGCUUUUGGUUAUUGGUUGGACCUCAUCUGUAUCGUUUACAUUGCUAUCGUGUCUUUCAGUUUUUUAUUCAUGUCUAACCAAGGCAGUUUUGUUGGUCUGGCUAUCACGCAAACCAUCAGUCUCACUGGAUUAUUUCAGUGGGGUUUGAGGCAAUCGGUAGAGGUGGAAAAUCAAAUGGUUUCAGUUGAUAGGGUUCUAGAUUACGUAAAAUUGGAACCAGAGCCGAAUUUGAAAUCUUCACCAGCUGAACCGCCUCCGCCACAUUGGCCUACGACAGGAAAAAUAGAAUAUUCCCAUGCAUUCAUGACAUACGGACCGCAAGGUGCACAUGUCCUUAGAGAUGUAAACUUUGUAAUACAGGACAAAGAGAAAAUCGGUAUAGUUGGAAGAACUGGUGCAGGGAAAUCUUCGUUGAUUGCUACACUCUUCAGGUUAGCUUAUUUUUACGGUGAAGUACGUAUAGACAACUUGGACAUCAGUCAGUUGUCCUUGCACGAUUUGAGAAGAAAAAUUUCUAUAAUCCCUCAAGAACCUGUACUUUUCAAUGGAACGCUACAGUACAAUUUAGAUCCAUUCAGUGAAUUCGACACCAACUGGAUUAUGAAAGUCCUUAUUGACCUCGAAAAUAAAGAUGCGUUGUCCCAUGGUAAGGAUUGCCUCAAUCACAUGAUCAUUGAGGGCGGAGUUAACGUCAGCAUCGGACAGAGGCAAAUAAUUUGCUUGGCGAGGGCUCUACUAAAAAAUAAUAGGAUCAUAGUGAUGGAUGAAGCGACUGCCAAUAUCGAUGCGAAAACUGAUAAAUUUAUACAGUCUAUAAUCAGAACGAAAUUCUCCAAUUGCACCGUUCUUACCAUAGCACAUAGGUUACACACAAUCAUGGAUUCAGACAAGGUGUUGGUGAUGGAUGCAGGGCAAGUAGCAGAAUUCGAUCAUCCUCAUAUUCUGCUGCAGGAUCCUGAAGGAAUUUUCUCUGGAAUGGUUGAGAAAACGGGAAAACAUAUGGCGGAAAAUUUGAGAAAAAUCGCAAAACAAACUUUUGAAGCUCAAACGAAAACAGAAUAAGAAUGUAGAUAAUUUUAAUAUAUGAGAAAUUAAUGUCAUUCAAUUGAGGAGGAAUUAAAUAAUUUAUUGGAAUAUCAGUCAUUACCAUUUAUUAUUUCUUCUGAGAAAAAGUUGCUCUUCGAUAGAAUGUGUAGAAUAUCAAUCUGUGGACCCCUUCAACAUUUUCAAUAAAAAAUAUUGAUAACCUAGGUUUCUAUUGAAAAUAAUCGUUUUUGAAGGCCUAAAAUCAUUUAGAUUCAAUUAAAACAUUUAUUGCCUAAAGAUUAUUAUUAGGUGAUCUGUUAGUUUAUUGAUAUGGUUAAUUGUACAUAGCGCAAGAAGUAUUUAUUUCUUUAUUGUUUUUGAUUAGUUUUAGCUCUUAGUUUGGUUGUAAUAUAUUUUGAGUUUCAAGUGAAUUGCAUAUCAAUUUAUCAGGCAAUAUGCGUUUCUAAAAUGUGAAUUGAAUAGAAUCUACUAGAAUGAAAAUAAGCUUCAUAUAAGUGUUCAGUGUUGUACAGGGUGUUCAUUCCAAAUUCAUUUUCAGUUCAAAAAGUGACAUAUCUUAUGGAGCAUGUUUAAGUUUUAAAAAACAAAAAUCAGACCAGUAGAUCUCCAACUAAAUAUUUUUGUUCUAUUCAUGAAUAUUAUUAUUCAAGCUAAAUGGUUGAAAUAGAGGAAAUAUAUGUUGGCUUAUGUUCAAUUUUAUAAAGUGAGAAAAUCUUGGGAGCAUAUCAAAAAUUUUAUUUUGCAUUAUAAUCUUCAUUUGAUAACAUAUUUUACAGUAUGUGAAAGUUCCUAAAGGGUUUUCUUUCUUUGAGUGUUGUUUAUGACAGAUUUGCAUCUUUUUUAAAUCAGGACAUUCCUUUAUCCAGCAUAAAGAACUUCAAUAGUGUAGAGAAAAAUCCGAGAGCAUGAAAAAAUGCGAAGACGCAAACAGGCAGAGUCAUUUCAACAGUAUUUUUUAUUAUAUUCAUUCUGUGAUAAUGCAUUCAGUUUGGUUUUUGGUAUAUCUUAUUAAAUAACUACUUUGAAAUAUAUAAAUUCAAAUAAUCCAGAAAGAACAUAUGAUAUUUAUUAAGUGAAGGAAUUACAUUUCUAUUCUUAUAAAUAAUCCAUCGAAUGAAAGCUAUGGAACACAAUCAAAUUUAUACUUUGGAAAAAACUGGAUAAACUGGACUCAUUUGAAAAGUUUGCGGCUUUGCUAGAUCUUGCACCAGGGUUUUACUAUAGAUGUCAGUGCUAAAGCCAUAAAGCAGUUGUAAAUUUCGAAAUUGAAUUGGAAAACCCAUGUUUAUAUGUUGUAAGAUCACUGUUUGUUAAAUCUUUGUGAAAAUUUUGAGAUAAUGCAUAUCCAAAAAGAGGCGUUAAAUGUAUAUUUCAUUGCAUGAGAAUUUUUGAUAUUUUUUUUCUAGUGAGAUAAAGUAUUUUAUCAAAGUACAAUUUUCCAUGCUUUUAUUUUAUUGUAUAUGCAGCCAAUUAUAUUUCAAAGAAACUAAAACUCAAAGAUUCAUGGGUAUUGGUAAAGUACUUUAGGACACUGACCUUGAGAGUAUUGUUCGGUGCCAUCUUUGUACAUAUUUGUCUAUAACGAGUGUUAUCUUAACAUGACUUUUCCAUCCAAUUUUUGUUAGAAUAUUUACAUAAAUCAUUUGUGUUCAUCAUAAUUCGACAACUAAUAAUACCAAAAAUCAUGAAGUGACAAUAAAUAUAUUGACUUGAAAA